AUGGCACAUCUUGCUAUUGUUGGUUCACAUCGUGUCAAUGGUGUUGCUGAGUUACAUUCAAACUUAAUUAAAACAACGAUCUUUAAAGAUUUCGUUAAAUUUUUUGGUCACGAUAAAUUUGAAAACAAAACCAAUGGUAUUACUCCUCGCAGAUGGUUACAUCAAGCAAAUCCUAAAUUAAGUGAUUUGAUAACUGAGAAAUUAGGAAACAAAGAUUGGUUGAAGGAUUUAUUCAAAUUAAAACAACUCGAAAAAUACGUUGACGACGAAGAGUUUAGGAAACGGUGGGUUACCGUUAAGCAUUCUAAUAAGGUUCGUUUAGCAGACUAUAUCAAGGCUCAAACCGGUAUUUUAGUCAGUUCAAAUGCUUUGUUUGAUAUUCAAAUGACCCCUAAACAAAGACGAGAAGUCGUUCCUCGCGUUGUAAUCUUUGGAGGGAAGGCAGCACCAGGUUAUUAUAUUGCCAAAUUGGUAAUUAAACUUAUAAAUAGUGUAGCCGACGUUGUGAACAAAGAUCUUAGUAUUGACGAUACUUUGAAGGUUGUUUUCAUUCCUGAUUAUAAUGUUUCAGUUGCAGAAAUAAUUAUUCCUGCCUCCGAUAUUUCACAACACAUUUCCACAGCUGGUACUGAAGCAUCUGGUACUAGUAAUAUGAAAUUUGUUUUGAACGGUGGUUUAAUUCUUGGAACUGUUGACGGAGCAAAUAUUGAAAUUCAUGAGGAAAUUGGUGAUGAAAAUAUUUUCAUGUUUGGAAAUUUGGCAGAUAAAGUGGAAGACUUGAGACACGCCCAUAGGUAUCGAAAUGUAUCAAUGGAUCCUGCAUUAAAAGCAAUAUUGGAUGAUAUUGAAUCUGGACAUUUUGGCGAUCCUCGCAUAUUUUCUCCUUUAAUAAAUACUUUGACUAUAGGAAAAGAUUAUUACUUACUCUCAGAUGAUUUCGGUUCAUAUCUUCGUGCGCAAGAUAUGGUGGAUGAGGCUUAUAAGGAUAAAGAAGAAUGGGCAAAGAAAAGUAUUCUAUGCACAGCCCGUAUGGGUAAAUUCUCAUCUGAUCGUGCGAUCAAAGAAUAUGCUGAAAGCAUUUGGGAAGUCGUACCUAAUUAUUCUCAGAGAUCUCAGAGACAAAUAAAUAAAGAAAAUAAAGAAAAUAGAGAAAAUAAAAAUAAAGAAAAUAAAGAAAAUAAAGAAAACUGUACAUAUAAUUUGACCCAACCAACUAGACAAACCAUACCGCAAUUUUCUAUAAAUAACUUUGAGAUUGGAGGAGAACUUGGUAAAGGAAAAUAUGGUCGUGUUUACGUGGCAACUGAAAAGACAAAUGGAUAUGUCGUUGCAUUAAAGAUAUUAAAUAAAGAAGAGUUACUUAAAGAAAAACUUAUAAUUCCGUGGGAGAGAGAAAAACAUAUUUUUAUGAUUUUAGAAUUAGCUCAAGGAUGUUUAUAUUAUUAUCUUAAACAACAUCAAAGAUUUUCGGAAAGACGUACUUCAAUGUAUAUCGCACAGAUUUCUUGUGGAUUAAAAUACAUUCAUCAGAAUAAUGUUAUUCACAGAGAUAUAAAACCUGAAAAUAUUUUGUUUGGACAAACGGGAGAACUUAAACUAGCGGAUUUUGGUUAUGCUACAUAUGUGCCAGAUUCAAGUAGUUUUAAACCCACGGCACUUUGUGGCACCUUGGACUACUUUGCACCAGAGAUGUUGAUGCGUAUCCCAUAUAAUGAGAAGGUAGACAUUUGGUCACUUGGAAUUUUAUGUUAUGAAUUAUUAGUUGGUGUCCCUCCAUAUGAAUCAUGGGAUUAUAAAGGAACUUGUGAAAGGAUCGUGAAUGAUGAUCCCAUUCUUCCAGAUUAUUUAUCACCUGAAGCAAAGCAUUUUAUUUUAUUGUUGCUACGUAAAGAUUCUAAUCUUCGACCAUCAAUAAUAGAAGUUUUAAAUCAUCCAUGGAUUCAAAAGUAUAACACUAUAAGACCUAUACCUAUAUUACAAAACAUGACAAAUCGGUCUUAG